GCCCCAUGGACGCCUUCAGCGCCGCUAAGGCCAAAAUGGGGGCGAAGAGCGGCGGCGAGGCGGCGGCGGCGGGGGUGGCCGCGCCUCCGCCCGCCGCGCCGGCCCCCAGCCCCGCCGGUCCCGGCUCGCCCGCCGCGCUGGAGCCCGCCGCUUACAAGCUGGAGGACCUGGAGACCCUGGCCACCGUGGGCACGGGUACCUUUGGACGUGUUCAUCUGGUGAGGGAAAAAAUGGGCAAACGUUACUUUGCACUGAAAGUGAUGAGCAUUCCUGAUGUCAUUCGACUGAAGCAAGAGCAACACGUGCACAACGAAAAGUCUGUCUUAAAAGAAGUCAACCACCCCUUUUUGAUCAGAUUAUUUUGGACCAACCAUGAUGAACGUUUUUUAUAUAUGUUAAUGGAAUAUGUACCAGGAGGAGAACUUUUUAGUUACCUGCGCAACAUGGGGCGUUUCAACAACAGCACAGGACUGUUUUACUCUGCGGAAAUUAUUUGUGCAAUAGAAUACCUGCACUCCAAAGAAAUAGUUUAUAGAGACUUAAAACCUGAAAAUAUAUUACUGGACAAAGAAGGACAUAUCAAGCUUACUGACUUUGGAUUUGCUAAAAAGCUGGUGGAUAGAACGUGGACUCUCUGUGGCACUCCUGAGUACCUUGCACCAGAAGUUAUACAAAGUAAAGGCCAUGGAAGAGCUGUGGAUUGGUGGGCCUUAGGAAUUCUUAUAUUUGAGAUGUUGUCAGGGUUUCCUCCAUUUUUUGAUGACAAUCCAUUUGGUAUAUAUCAGAAGAUUCUUGCUGGCAAAAUAGAUUUCCCGAGGCAUUUGGAUUUAUAUGUAAAAGACCUUAUUAAGAAGCUGCUUGUGGUUGACAGAACAAGACGACUAGGAAAUAUGAAGAAUGGAGCCGAUGAUGUGAAGAGACAUCGAUGGUUCAGGUCUAUAGAUUGGGACGCUGUACCUCAAAGGAGACUAAAGCCUCCUAUAGUGCCCAAAGUGUCCAAUGAUGGAGAUACUUCCAAUUUUGAAGCUUAUCCUGAAGAUGACUGGAAUAAGACACCUCCAGUACCUCCAAAAGAUCUAGAAAUUUUCAAGAACUUCUGAAAGCAACAUCUACAAUGGAUGAGUUUGCUUCCAUUUGUGUUGGGAGGAGGUUGAGGUUCUUCAUCCAAGAAAAUUAUGAAGGGGAGAGGAGACGGAGCAGAAAAACAACUGUUCCUUGUUUCUAGGAGUUAAGUCUUUCCAGAACAAGAUAGGAGUGCUGGAACAUACUUCAGAUGGUGUGGAAGAAGCACCAAAAAGUAUAUUUUCAAAAUCAUUUCAAGUAGCACAUCAAUAAUGAAAAGUGUUAACUCAGACUUCUCAUUUAACUUUGAUUAUAUGACCCUAAUUGCUUUGACAUUUUCAUAGCUUAAUGACCUGAACACUGUCCAGAACACUCAUUUCAAUUUGUUUCUUUAAGCAUCAAAAUAUUUUUACAAUGUCAAGCACACCUAACUAAACCUUUAUUUCAUCUUCCAUUAAGAACUUGAAAAGUCCAUUUUCAGCAAAAUUUGUUUAGCUGUUGAUGUUAAAUUACUUUUCCUGGCUAAAAUGUGUUUUAUUUCUUGCCCGCUAGAUAUCUUAAUCUCGCAGAGAUAAUUACAUAGUCAUAGAGUCAACUGGAUACAGUUUGUACUAGUUAAAUGUUCAUUUUUGUAACACAGUUUUUCUUUCUGCCUUGCUUCAUUCUAAAUUUUGUGCAUUGAUGUUUUUCCUCUUGUAAUAAACCACUAUGUUAUGUGCUUCAACAAACUGCUAAUGGAAAGUGAAGGAACACUGCAAUGAGCCCUGGAAAGCUUUUGGUCAUAUCUUUGACAUGAAUCAAAAGAACUGCUCAGUUAAAACAUACAAAAUUCUUGAAUAGUAACAAGAAUCCAGGAUGUUUGUAAAAAAUUUGGUUUAGCAUCUUGUUCUUAACCCAGCCAUGUGGUAGAGUUUUUGUUCAUUUGUUCUGAGUAGUGUAUCUUUUUUGCCUGCAUGUGUAACUCCGUCUUACCCAGUAAAGGCCAUUUAAAAUAAGCUUUUUCACUCGUGCAGGGCCAAUAAGUCUUGCUAAUGGUUGAAAGCCACUGGCACUGUUACAAUGGGAUCCUGCCCUGCACUUCGUGAAUUCCUACAUAAUGCACAUAUCAAGCUCUUCUUGUGCAAAUUCCUGCUAGCUGCUACAGUCUCAGCUUCAGAAUUAAGACAGCUUUUCACAGAGACAGUACUGCUGUCCUCAGUAGCAGACUAGCUUUCCAUUCUGUCUUCCACACACGCUUUCCAUCUACCCUUCAAAAUCUACCACACAUGAAUAUAUGUCAAGAAUCGUAUUUAUCCUUGAAACCAGGAAUAUUGUAAACUUAUAGCAAGCUGAUUUGUAGGAAUUUAUUUCUAUGUAUCCAAAUAUUUUUCUGGUUUUGUGCAGUAAUAUUCCAAACUAUUAUUUUGUGAAAAUUGCAGCAGUACGUAGGGCUAAUAUAUGAGCUUUGACUUAAGGUGGUUUUAUCUGAUUUUCUGCAUUUGUUUCAAUGCCAAUAAGAAUGAGGGCAGCUGAGAGUUGAACACGUCUUACUGUGUCUGUAAUUCAGGCCACUGAAGUCUCUGAGAGACAUCCCAAAACUGAUAUGUAACCCAAAACACCAAAAAAUGCAGGCCUGCCUUCUAGUAGAUGAAGCUCUGAGGUUCUGUGCAGGUGCUGUCUCUACUGCACUGGUUUUUACUUAAUCAGAGUAUGUAUCAUAACUACCUUGAAAAGUAAUGUGUAAACAACUAACUAACUAGCGAUUAUUAUUUUGUGUUUUUUUUAUUCUUGCCUCCAGCAUAUUGUCCCUAUUCUGGACUCUGAUAAUAAAGAAGGCAAAUGAAUGGGAUAAAACUAUUUUGGGAAAACAAAUAAGCUUGAAUUGCACUUUAAUUCAAGAAAUAACUUGAUAUGCCUCACCAGUACAUACUUGCACAUGUACUUAUUCUACCACUAAACACAGAAAAAAUUGUGCCAGUUCUAGGUUUAUGCUGACUGUCAAGCUAUAAUUGUGUUCUCAAUAUUGUAUACUAAAAGACAGUUGUAAGACCCAGAGUUUAUUUCAACUUUAGUCAGUAAUUGGUUUAGUUUAGGGAGUCCUUGAUACUAAAAUCUCUUGGUUGGAGAAGGAGGGUGCUUUACAGUCAUCUUCUUAAUUUUCCAUCCUGUCCAAGUGUAAGCUGUGCAGAGGAGGUGGUUGUGCUUUGUGUACUGUUGCAGUUCACUUGAAGAAAACAGCAGCUUGCUCAAGCCUACAGUGUGUCAGUCUUACUUCAGAGCCUGAACUUAAGUCUUCUCACCCUGAAGGCCCAAGUCUCUUCUUUCAGAAACUUUGUGAGAGUGUGACUGAGCAGCUUAGCAAAUAUUAGGACUGAGCCUUAGGAAAACUCUGAGCUUUACAAUGGCAGCUUUCUCUGAGUCCACAUUUCUUCAGAAGUUAAUAACAUUAGCUCAUUUUUUGAUUUAGGAUACAAAAAUAAAAGAUUCUGAGCUGCUUGGUGCUUCUGAAGUUUGGUGAACAAAUGCCAGAAAUAUGGAGUGUUUCAAACUGUGUGUAUAAUAUCUAGUAGCUUCUUUGGCCUGAUUUUAAUUUCUCUUUUACAAAGAAAUUGUAAUUGAAUUUAGGACCCUCUUCUAAUCAAGGUGCUUGUAAAACCAUUUAACUGAAGUAGGGCUGCUGGGCUGUGUUAAUACAGUAAAUAAAACAUUCACAGAUGGCAUGUCUUUCAUUUGUACUGAUAAACGGUUUCCUUUGAUGCAUGCUAGCUAUAAAUGGCUUAACAUUCUGCUCUUAGUUUUUUGUCAAGCCCAUUUUAAUAAGAGGUUUUACAAAAAAAAUAAGCACAGGUAAGUAUUAUUAUUAUUAUUAUUUACCUAAUAAGUAGGUAAAUUAUUUUGUGUUCAUAUGAAUAAAGCUGAUCUGGGAGUUGAUAUUGAAAUGCAUUAUCAAGGAGAACAGCAUUUUGUUCUGGAUUAAUAAAUUUGUGUUUUGAAUGUAAUCAGAUUUAGGAUUUUCCUUACUAGCCUGUGACUUGCAGCAGCACUGCAGUCCUUUGCCACGACGCUUGCUCCUCCUAGCACUGCUGUCACCACUGUAGCAGCAGUGAGUCCACUACUCUGGCUGAUCAGGGAGAAAAUGUGUCCCUGCUGUGACCUGAACUUUGGAUCGAAAGUGCUACUUCUACUAGUUUAUCUGAAAAGGAAUUUUCAAUAGCUGAGUGUAGCUGAAGUCCUUCUAUUCUCUGCAGGUAUUUGCCACCAGGGAGCAAGACUACCGCAAUAUGCUGUAAAAUAACAUUCAAAUGGCGCAUUUUGAAUCCAUUUUAAAAUAUUUACAUAAAGCUCCUGUGACUCAUGUAAUCCCCAGCAAAAUCUUGGUGAUGCAAGAAGGAAAGUGUGGUGGUGGAUCACUUGGGCAAGUGUUGCUAGGGACUGGACUGAAUCUGUUCUUUAAUAUCACUGUCUGGCCAUUGAGUAAAGGGAGUUGUUUUUUUUAUUAUUAUUUUAUAAAUAAAUUUUCUAGGCAGGCUAUCAGAACGUGAGUGACCAUUACUCUAGAGUCAGUUUUUCUUGCUGACCCUUGGUUUUGAGGUAACUUCUGGAUUGUGAAAAUAUCUGAAGUCUAUUUGGAAACUAGGUUCUGUCAGUAAUUUGCUAUUUUAAUAUUUUUUUCUAUACAGCUGAUGAUUAUUUACAUGCAAAAUAUGGCAAGUUUAAAAUUAAUAUGUUAAUUUGUUUAAAAUUUUAAUUAUUUAAUACACUGAACUAGUAAUCAAAUAAAGGAAAUCUCUGCAAAGCUUUGGAUGUAAAAUAUUUUCAGGUUGGAAGUAGAGUAUUACUUUCUGAAUAAACAGCUAUUAUGAACGUAGGCUGAUUUCAAUUCUUCAGCUGGGUAUUAACACUGGAAGCUGUUGAAUGAGCAAUGAAAAGAGGAAGAUUUCUUUCCAUUUCUCUCUUCCACCCACAUGUCAAUAAUUCUCAUGGCUUAGCUUCGCAAACGAAGAUUUGGGAUGUCAAUAAUUAUGUAGUAGAAAAAGUGUAGCUACAGCUGUAGCUCUGAGUGAAGCUUGAGAUAUCUACAGGGCAUUUCUCAAAACUGCCCAGGUUGCGUUGAAUGCCUCACAGCUUGCCCUCCAUUUUGUAUCAGACUUUUCUUGGAUGCUUUCAUUAAAAAAUUGAUGAGGUGGGACAUGUUAGGAGUCAUCUUCUGAAAACAGAUUGUUGAUUGUUGCCAUUAACUUAUACUCUAAAUGCCUUUGGUAUCACUUUGAAGUGUAAGUCUUUGACAGAAGUAUAAAAUCUGGCCUAUUACUCCUAAGAGCAGUGUUCACCUGGAUGGAAAAGGAGUUAACCCUAUCUUUUUUGUUUUCUUUUUGGUCACAGUGUUUAUAUGAAAUAUUAAAUGGUUUGAAGUUUGACGUGUGACAUGUUACAUUUCUUAAGCAAAGGAGGCUUUCCAGCUUUAAAAGAAAGCUUUUUUACUGGUUUUGUUCUAUAUGUGUGACACGUGGAUGUCAAAGGAAGUUGCCAAUACAAAACAGUUUUCAGCUUCUGGGUUUUAUGCAGAGGAAAAAAACCUUUUCAUAGGUAGUGCUUACUGAAGGAUGGGAUUCCUGGAGUGAAAUAGCCUUCAUUAAGAAGACAGAUCAGCCAAGGAAGUAAACUUCCAUUGGGCUUCCUGUGACAGACAAGAUUUACAAAAGAUUUUUCAGAUUUCCAAAUACAAAAUACCGUUCAAUGAUCAAACAAUGAAGUGAUUAUUUUUGUCACUGUAAUUAAAAAAGAAAACCAAAUCGGCUUUCUUAACAUGCCAGUGCCAAAAUCAUGAACAGUACUAAAACUUACUUAGCUUUGUUAUGAACCUUUGUGCUGGAUUUUUUUUCUGUUUUCAAACUGUCCGCAAUAAUAGUAGUUAAUACAAUAAAAAAUGCAACUGAGUCAUUUACCUUGUAAUGUCUAAGUUUCUAGUGUAUUCUGUACACUAAGUGGAGAGUUCAUCCUACUUGAAAUAACUCAUUCCAUAACUUUUUCUCUCUAAGUCUCUUUAAUUGAUCUGAGAUUGGCAUAACUUCGAGCAAUGAAAAAGAGAAAAGCUUCAAUAAGAGUGUAGAAGCAGUCAAUGGCUUUAAGAACAUAUGUUGUCCAAAAGUGUGGGGGUUUUGUUGUUUGGGUGAGUUUUUUUUCUCUGCAUAGGACCAUAUAGCAUAUGAUGUAUUGGAAGGAAAAAUACAAGCUACCUUGAAAACCAGGUUUGAGUUACAGUAUAGUUUCACAUGUUCCCAAAAAGUUGUUGCAUUUACUGGCUUUUUUUAGCUAGUUCCCUUUAAAGACGUCCAUAGCUGUAUUUUCCUGUAUUGUUUUGAAAGUGCUUGUUUAAUGUUCAAACUUGUUUCCCUAUUGCCCCGAGGGUGACAUUGGUGGAGUUCACUUCUGUUUCUCCUGUUGAAAGAAUCUCUGAUCCUGUUUCUUCUCAAGGUGUUAUGGGAGAUAGCAGCAAUAAAUUACAGAUUGAAACAAUGCAUUAUUGUAAGACUCAUGAAAGACUAUGAAUGAGAAGUAGACAAACAAAAGAGAAAAAAAUCCUAUCAUGCUAGAGUCUUUCAAAGGGUUUCCAGUAAUAUGAUUAAAUUAAACUCUUUAAAACAGGGUCUUAAGAUACAAAGUUUAAGAAUCAGAUACAGUUUCUCCUAUUAAUUGCACUUGUUCCAUCUACCCAAUUUAUCUCCUUUUGCAUGUUUUGAAUAGUGAGAAGUCAGUAGGGGUUAUGUAACUGGCUGGAAAAAGAGGGUCUCUAGGUAGGGUGAAAAAAUUAUUUUAUACAAAAUGCUCUAACAGAGAUGUAACACUGCAGAACAAAUGUUUACCUGUGGCAACAAGGGGGAAAAAUACAUGCAUUGCAUUUGUUGCCUGGGGGUCACCAUAGUGCAUUUAGGCAGUGUGCCUUUCUUUGCUUGGGGUUUUAAUUUUUUUCAAAUUGGAAAAGGGGCUGUGUGAAAUAAAAAUCUUCAAUGCUUA